CACAGUCAAUUAUUUAAAGAAAUGUAGUCUUAUUGAUGAGAGCUGAAUUUGACUCGUUUCUCUCUACCACCCCUUUCUGCAACCCGGUUGUCUUUCGUUCUUUUUUCCCAUCCUGUUGGCUUCCCAUUGUCGAUCAAGUGAAAAUGGCGCUAAGCUUUUUGAGAUCGCUCGCAAAAUCAACCGCUUUACGUUCCAAUGGCAGAAGUUUCUGCAUUGUUAGCACGGAGGUCGUCACCUCUCACACUGAUAAAUGGAUGCAGAACAAAAACAAAAAGUCUCCAAUGGAGUUGAUUAAUGAAGUGCCGCCCAUUAAAGUGGAAGGGAGAAUUGCUGCUUGUGAAGGAGCUAAGAAUCCGUUGGGGCAUCCAAUUGAGUUCAUCUGUCUUGACCUAGACACCCCAGCAAUCUGCAAAUAUUGUGGCCUCCGUUACAUUCAAGAUCAUGGUGGUCACCAUUAGGAGCUGAUUUACAUACUCUAUCCAUGUAACUCCCCAAUUGAUGGAAUGACAAUAUCCGGGACAUCGUUUCCUAUGUAGUUUGCAUUUGUGUCCUUUUCUCCUCUAAGCGUUAUGUUCGUGCAAUUCAAUUCAAUGAACAUAGUUGAUCAGCUCGGAAAUAAUGAAAGCACCUAUUUCAUUUUGUCUUCA